AUAUGGCUUUGGGACCUCCAGACCUUUCCCAGACCGCACAUAAAGACCCCCGUGUCCUUCAAUACCCAAUACCCACGAUGCAGAUGUUAUGGUGACGGCCUUAGGGUUGAUACUAGAUGUAUUAUACUACGUGCUAUCUAUCUAUGAGGGAACGGGGCAUACAAGAUCCGGCUGGACUUUCAGGGUGGACAGUUUAUAUUCCCCACCGCUCUUAGUGGCCUCUGCAGUGCUUGCUCCGAUUAAUAGGACAAGAAAUAAGCUCCUUCUCCACUUCGGUAGGGUCAAGCAAACAAGAAAAGGGCGAUGUGACCUGGGCAUCCCUACUUACCGAUGCCAGUAAUGGUGGCCUAUACCCUAUAUUUAGAAAGCUUGAUGACAAUUUUAGAACAAGGUUCUACCAGAUUGAUAAGAUGAGUACAUGUUUAGAAUGUUGCUUCUACAUCGUAUGCACUAGCUC